ACCGGCCAGUACCGUUCGAGUCCUGCCAGGAACGUAACGGGACUAUCCGCAGUGCAUGCGCUGAUCCGCAUCUUUGGAACUUAUCCGCCUGUGGAAAAAAGGGGGUUAGUUUGCACCCCCUUGUUGUCCUAAUCCAUGUUGUGAUUCAGUUUGAAUCCGAAGCAUUUUAUUAGCUCUCCUAUUUAGGGAUACCUAUGUAAAAAUACUGCUCCGCAUGGAAUAAUAAAUUAUCCACGCUCUGAUCAAUUCCAUCUUUUAGAUUAAAAGAUAUAUUGUUUUCCAGAAAUACAUUUUGCUUCAUCGUGAUGGAUUUAAGUGAAAAGUCGGUGAACUUUUGCAAAUAUGGAUAUUUUUGUUUACAUUCUCUUUCUACUUCGGAUUUUAAAUCAAACGGAGUAAAAUAAAGCGUUCGAAAAUAAAAGAUUUUUAGGAAAUUUUAAAACUCGUUUUAAAAUUGUAUCCUUUUUCCUGGGGUGGGAAUAUUAUUAUUGCUGUUGAUACAAAGGAUACAGUUUCUAAAACUUAUAUUUCCUUCCAAAGAUAGAAACUGAUAUUUCUAAAUCUCGACAUAAUUAAUGUGCUAUUUUGUUUAGAUGUUUUUAAAGUGGGAAUUGUGAACUUUUGUGGACAGUGUUUACUUUGUGAAACACUUCUAUUAAUGCACAUUCAGCUUCAUGCAGAUUAAAUAGUCUUGGAAUUUUAUAAACAAGGAGUGAUACGAAAGAUUUUUUGUGGAUUUUUGACAUUAUAUCUUUGUGAAUAUGAAAUAUUUUUGCCAAAAACAAAGAGACAGAAUGAAUCUAUUAUCUGUGGUUAGGAUAACAUUAUUCUGCACUUUCAUUGCCUUGGAGCUUAGCUACUCCUUCGGCAGAGCAGAAGUGUGUCCAGAAGAUCAUAAAUCAGAAAAAUCUCGAAACUGGCAUAAAUCUCGGAUCUUUGCGAGACAAGUUCGUCGGGUCGAUCAGGACCUAGUUCCUUAUUUUGACAAUUCCACCAGCAGAAACAUCACAACAACAACCGGAAAAACUGCUUAUCUACCCUGCAGAGUUCGCCAUCUAGGAGAUCGAACAGUUUCUUGGAUUCGGCGCAAGGACCUCCAUGUUCUGACUGUGGGAAGAUUCACCUAUACAAGUGAUCAGCGUUUCCAGAGCAUUCACAUGGAGAACUCUGAUGACUGGACUCUUCAAAUCAAAUAUCCACAAAGUAAAGAUGGAGGCGUAUACGAAUGUCAAGUCAGCACAGUUCCCAAAAUGAGUCAUUUUGUAAAUCUCAAUGUGAUUGAUUUAUCCUCCCUCCCUGGCUUUCCCACCCUUCUUUCUUCAACAGGUUCAGCAACAGAGAGUAAAGCCAAAAUAAUCGGUGGUCCAACUCUAUACAUAAACAGUGGAAGCACUAUUAAUUUGACGUGUCUUGUGAUGGAAAGUCCUGUACCACCUGACUAUGUCUUUUGGUACCAUAAUGGUAAGGUCAUCAACUACGAUUCACCAAGGGGCAUCAGCGUCCACACAGAAAAAGCUCAGCGCACCACCAGCAAAUUACUCAUCAGUAAUGCUCAACCGAGCGAUUCCGGAAAUUAUUCUUGUGUACCUUCCAAUGCUGAUCCGGCUGCCAUUGGAUUGCAUGUACUUAAUGGUGAGCAUCCAGCGGCAAUGCAGCAUGGCAAACACACAUCUUCUGGGUGUUGUCUUCCAGGUUCUUGGAAUACUUUCAUCCUUCUAGUCGUUAAUGUCGCUCUUUUCAUUUUUAACAAACGGUGAUAAACUCAACUCUUCUGCAAAAGGUUUACCUUUUUCAUGCAAUAGCGUAACUAAAUGUCACAAAACUGGAUCAAAUUGGAUAUAAACCAAAAUUUAAGGACACAGCCCGCGCCAUGACAACCGCAUUAAUAACUAAGAAUGCAUGUCUAUCAGCGCCAUCUAUGCACGGCUUCAAAAAUUUAAUGAUGGAAAGUUGGUGGAGAGAAACCUAAUCGAUCGCCAAAGAUGACUUGCUGAGCUCUCACCGCCAUCUAGGAGAAAGAAAUGAAAGUGUAUUUGAAUUAUUAAAAUUUAACUCAAGUGAAAGUGAAAAUUUUAUAUGAAUGGACUGAUAGACAAUUUUGAGAGAACCAUCGAUUAACAAUGCAGCAAGUUUUUGGAUUUUGAAAAUAUAAAUUUGGAACAAAAUAAACUUUCCCUUGUUGAUAAAAAGGAUAUUUUGUAAGCGAACUUUUGAAAUGUGGUUUCGAACAAUUAUUGUCAUAAAAAAAACGUUUAAAAAUUUCCUAACUGAGGAAGUUUAUCACAGUUACUGAUAGAAAUAAUUUGGAUUUUUCUCGUCAAGCGGUAAUAAAUAUCGUGUUUACAUGUAUUAAAUAAUAAGCGUUGUUCUUAAACUGUACCAUAACCCUGUAGAAAAGAGUUAUAUAUAUAUAUAUAUAUACUUCCUAAUAAAUUUCACAAUUUGUACAUGCAAUACAGCAGAUUUGCUGUCCAUAACAAACACAUUAUAUGUUUUUAUAUUGUGAUUUAUUCUAAUUUUAGAAAAGCGAAUACUCAAUAAAUAAUUCUACUUUAAUGUUAUAGUUUUUAAAUUUGAACUAAAAAAAAAAACUCUUUGAAAAACUUUUUAUCAAUUAAAUGUGUUUUAAGAAAUAUAAAUUUCAGUAUGAUAAUUUUUUAUGAACAUUCUUUUCAUUUGUUAAUACACAGGGUGUUCGAUAAUUUCCUAAUGAUUCUAUGAUUAUAAACAUAGUUAUUACACUUAAAACAUAAAAAUAAUAAAAGAAAGUAAAACAUUAUCAAAAUUUGACAAAUAUUUAUCGAGAUCAAUCACGCUUAAAUUUAUUUAAUACCAUCAAAACUGUUGAUGAGUCUGAUGAAACAGAGAGGAGUACCAAAUAAUGCUUCUACUUCAUGGAAGUUAUAACUUAGACUUUUAUCUCAGAAAAGAAGACUUGCUGAUUUUAAUUGUACCUUUGGUUUACUUCAAUUAUGAUUCGUUAGAUUGUGAUAAUGCUUUCAUUUUUUCUUAAAUAAAUACUAAACUGUCUCCAGUAUUGUGUAAUGUUUUACUUAACUAAACAAAUCCUUCCUUAUUGUUCUUCUUAACAAAGAUUCUAAAAUAUUAAUUCCUUCAGUAAAUGUUUUAUCUUUUCAAACAAUAACUAAAUUUUAAAAAAGCAAUUACGUCAAAAAAUUAAAGAGAAAAAAAAUCUGUCAAAAUAAAAACAAAAACUAAAUUAUAGGUAAUAUUGAGGAGAUGGGACUAAUGAUGCUAAGGUAAUGAUAUAAAAUGCAGUAAAAAUUCAGCUGCUGCCAUCUAUCGGGGAGAAAAUACUCCAACAUAUGAAUACAAUCACAGGAAACCGAGAAGAUGCACUCUAAUAAAUGUCACGCUAUUUAACCGCAUUGACUGAUUUAGAAAUAUUUGCUGGGCAUGUUCCGGAAGAAUUGAAAGGUCAAAGAACAGUAACUGAAAUGCACCCUGUAUAAAGUAGUUUUUUUUUUUUACUUUCUUUUUUUAAGAAUCUUGAGAAUGCAGCCGAAUUAGAACGCCCAUAAAGUUAAAAGUAAUAACAACCAAGAAAACGAAAAGAGGAAAAAUAAAUGUUACUUGAACAUUGUGUAUUCGCUUUUAGCUUCCUUUUAUGAAUUAACUUUUUGUGAUAUCUUGAAGCAUACUCUUAUGAUUUAAGAUUAAAAUUAAUUUGUUGUUGUGCGAGGAAUAUUCAAGAAAUUUUUGCACCAUUUAUCCGGGAUGGUUAAGAAACAAUAAAUUUCUAUGUUCCCAAAUAGAUUUAUAAUUUACCAUCCGUUCAUGUUUUUGACUAAUUGAUGUAAUAUGCAUUUGCUGUUGUAUCAUGAUAUGUUGCCUUCUACGUUCAAUUCUAUUCUGUUAAUAAUUUAUGUUGUAUAUAUCUCAAUUACAAACCAUCUGUGUAUAUACUUUCCCCAAGAAUGAAAGAAACUAAACACUUUUCCAAAAAUA